CUCCUUUCCCUUCUCCAUGCGCGCACGCUGCCAAAUGACACGCCAUGCCAGCGCGCUUGAACAUGCGCGCACCAUACUUGGCCCACUGCGUCUUCUGUACCACACCUCGCUCUCCCAGCUGCCUCGAGUCUCCGGCCGUCGUGGUGCUGUUAGACAGGCGGCGCGGUAAAUCCUUCGUCCCAUCUUUCGGCUUGUUGGUGGUAGUGAGCGAAUCGAAUCACUCGCAUAACCUGGACAUGACACCCCUGGCCGCUGCCCUUGAUUUUUUUUUUUCUUCUUCCCUUUUCCCUUUUGCCCCCCAUUCAUUCCUUCGCUUCAUCCCCAUCCUGCACCCUUUGUCCUAUCGUGUCCGCGGCAGCCCACAUGGCUUCCCGCGACUAAUAAGUAUCCACCACCCGCCCCCAGUCCUCUAAUACGUACAUAUAUACCUAUACUUAUCCCACCCCUCGCCUCUUUUUCCAUUUCGACCGACAACACCAACAUGUCUUCCCCCAAGGCUCCCGAGGCCCAGCCUUCUGCUGCUGCAUCCCCCCCUCGCCCAACUACAUCGCCUCCUCACCCCGCAACAUCAUCUCCCGCCGCAGGAAUUUCGCCUGGCAAUGCCGAACUCCAAAUGCUCAACCUUCCCGAGAUGGCCAUCGAGGCCGAGGCCGUCAGUCCUUACCCGUUGCAUGUCUAUCUAUGUGUCUAUGCGCCAGCUGAUCUUGGGCCCUGUAGCUCGCACCCGAGGAUAGCGAUUCUGCCUAUGGUGACGACUUUUUGGCGCAAACCGGGCUACCCACCCUCAUGUGACGCCAAAUGCUCAUCCCGCAUCAGCUAUCGCUUUGAGAAUGGUAGACGGUAUCACGGAUUCAAAAGUGAUGCAAACUACAUGAUGCCAAACGACGAGGAAGAAAAUGAUCGUCUGGACCUAUUCCAUCACAUCCAAACCCUUCGUCUUGGCGGUGAACUUCAUCUGGCUCCCAUCGGCAAUGAACCCGGGCGUGUCUUGGAUGUUGGUACCGGCACGGGAAUUUGGGCCAUUGACAUGGGCGAUAAAUACCCUACGGCCGAUAUCCUUGGCAACGACAUCAGCCCUGUCCAGCCUUCGCUCGUCCCGCCAAACGUCAAAUUCGAGGUCGAUGAUGUCGAAGACGAAUGGGUCUACUCGACAAAGUUUGACUACAUCCACGUCCGUUACCUAGCGUGCACCAUUCGCGACUGGCCCAAGCUAGUUGGACAGUGUUUCAAAUUCGUUAAGCCAGGCGGUUGGGUCGAGUUUUUUGACUACGAUACCUACUUCUACACGUCGGCAGGCGGUGAGUACAACGAGGACAGUCCCAUCUACUCGUGGGUCCAGAACCUUCGCGAGGGGCUGCGCAAGUUCGGCGUCGAGCCCGACCCAGGUCCCAAGCUUGAGGGUUGGGUGCGCGACGCCGGCUUCACAAACAUCAACACACGCGCGUUGCCAUUUCCGGUCGGCACCUGGCCAAAGGACAAGAUGCUCAAGGAGGCAGGUGCCUUUGACCUCUACAACUUCAUGGACAACGUCGAAGGCCACAGUAUGCGCCUCUUCACCAUGGCUCAUGGCUGGACCGCAGAUGAGGUCAAGGUCAUGGCUGCCAAUGUACGCAAGGCCUGGAAAAACCCGCGACUAAGGAUUCAGCACAACGGCUACGUUAUCUGGGCCCAGAAACCAUUGGAUGCCGCCGACUAA